UGCAUGUGCAAUGCAUGUGACUGAGGCCUGGGGGUUGAGGGACAAGAAGUGGCUGUGGUCAAAUUCUGAACUUCCACUUCUGCCCUCAUUUAGUUGCCCAAUUAAUGGGACAGCCUAUGCUGCUUGAUGGAAAGAAACAGUGGUGGCUUCGGAUCGAUGGUGAUCCAGUCGACGGUGGUGGGAGCGAUUGUGGCGUACCGGAUCCACCUGGGCGUCGCUGCCGCCCUAGCCGCCGCGGCCAUCUCGCUCGCAAGCGUCGGCCCCAACUUCGCUACCGUGGCUGGCUUCUUCUGGCCCCUCCUCGUAUCCACUGUCGCUUUACUCGGCGCCGUCGCGAUCCUACUCCGGAUCUCGCCGCUCCCGCGGGAGGCCUACGGGGAGGGCCUUGUCGACUUCGUCGCCGGCUGCGCGGAGGUCUCUCAGCUUGCUGCGAGUGAGAGUUACCACCACGAGGGCGAUUCGGAGCCGUGUGAUGAAGAGGCGGAGGCGGAGGCGGAGGCGGAGCGCCCCAUGUAGCAGCGAGGGAGUCGGAGACGAUGAGGCAACCUUUCAGAUGCUCCGCAGGAACGGGUUAGUGUGCGUAAGACCGCAUACGUUUAGCGAUGAGAUUGGACGACGUGCGCCUUUACCAGAGGCGGCUGGAUCAGAGUCGAGCGUGUGUCAUGUAGAGUAAUUUAGCAGCGUUGCAGUCUAGGAGUAAAUUGUAAAGGCUUCAGUUUUAUAUUCCUACCGGGCAAAGAUUUAACACACUUCAAAGCACUUGAUUUUUGAA